AUGUCUGCCCCAGCCCAGAACUAUAAGAUUGCCGAUAUCUCUCUUGCCGCCUUCGGGAGAAAGGAGAUCGAGCUGGCCGAGCACGAGAUGCCAGGUCUGAUGGCCAUCAGAGAGGCGUACGCCAAGGUGCAGCCAUUGAAGGGCGCCAGAGUUGCCGGGUGUCUGCACAUGACCAUCCAGACCGCCGUGUUGAUCGAGACUUUGGUUGCCUUGGGUGCCGAGGUCACCUGGUCCUCCUGUAACAUCUACUCCACGCAGGACCACGCUGCCGCUGCCAUUGCCGCGUCCGGUGUUCCUGUGUUUGCCUGGAAGAGUGAGACCGAGGAGGAGUACACCUGGUGUAUUGAGCAGCAGUUGUUCGCCUUCAAGGACGGUAAGAAACUUAACCUGAUCUUGGAUGAUGGUGGGGACUUGACCUCUUUCGUCCACGAAAAGUACCCAGACAUGCUUGAAGGUUGUUUCGGGUUGUCCGAGGAAACCACCACUGGUGUCCACCACUUGUACAGAAUGAUGAAGAAGGGAAUUCUAAAGGUCCCAGCCAUCAACGUGAACGACUCCGUCACAAAGUCCAAGUUCGACAACUUGUACGGGUGCAGAGAGUCCCUGAUCGACGGUAUCAAGAGAGCCACAGAUGUCAUGUUGGCCGGUAAAGUCUCCGUUGUUGCCGGGUACGGUGAUGUCGGGAAAGGUUGUGCCGCUGCGCUAAGAGGCAUGGGUGCCCGUGUCCUUAUCACCGAAAUCGACCCCAUCAACGCUCUACAGGCCGCCAUGGAGGGUUACGAAGUUGUCGACAUGGAGAACGCCGCCUCAAGAGGUCAAGUGUUCGUCACCACCACCGGUUGCAGAGACAUCAUCAAGGGGGAACACUUCUUGAAGAUGCAAGAAGAUGCCAUUGUUUGUAACAUCGGUCACUUCGACAUUGAGAUCGACGUCGCCUGGUUGAAGGAAAACGCCAAGGAGUGCAUCAACAUCAAGCCUCAAGUCGACCGUUACUUGCUAUCAACGGGCCAACACAUCAUCUUGUUGGCCAACGGGAGACUGGUCAACUUGGGUUGUGCCACUGGUCACUCCUCGUUCGUCAUGUCGUGCUCCUUCUCCAACCAAGUCCUUGCCCAGAUUGCCCUUUUCAAGUCUGGCGACAAGCAAUUUAGAGAGGACCACAUCGAAUUCCAAAAGACCGGCCCAUUCGAAGUCGGCGUGCACGUCCUGCCAAAGAUCUUGGACGAAGCCGUCGCCAAGUUCCACUUGGCCAAAUUGGGUGUCCAAUUGACCAAAUUGAGCCCAGUCCAAUCCGAGUACUUGGGUAUCCCAGAGGAAGGUCCAUUCAAGCCCGAUCACUACAGAUACUAA